ACAUACUAAGACACCGAGGCUCAGUUCAAAUCAGAUUAUGGUUAUUAAGGAUGAAGAAGUUCGACUGAAACGAUGUCUGCUUUUCGUUUAGGAUUCUGUUGCCAAACAGCCCUCUGGCUUAUAGCCUUUACUGCAUAUACACCUGUUGUGGUUGGCACCGUGUUAGAUGGAUUCUGCUGGACUGACUGGGUGAAUCUUUACCCUGCAAACGAGGGCAAGGACAUUGAAAUCUUCACACGGUUUGCCGCAUUGCAGCAUGGGCUCUGCUUGAAGCCGAUAGCAGUCGAUUAUUUAAGGGCUGAUGGAAAACAAGUCAAAGAGAAACUGAAGUGUAAUUUCUUUGGUUGCCGUUGCGUCAACUCUGAACAGGAGCCUGGGAUUAGAUGCAGCGAUUACAAGGUUCGCUUUCUCUGCAAAUGUAAGCAUGAUACAGCCGUGGAGAAUCCAACCUUUGACACAUUUGUCUGUCACAAUGGUGAUCCAAGAGAGCUACGUUGCAAAGGUUCAGCCAUCAUUAAGAUCAAAGCCGCCUUCUACGGCAAUAUUUGGCUGAGUCCCUGUGGACUUGGCAGCAUUGAAUCUAACUGCCGAGAGGAGCCAUCAACAACGCUCGAAAGGGUCGCGCUGGCAUGCAAUGGCCGGGCCUCGUGCAGUGUCCAACUUCCAGAUGGUGACAAUGGCUGUCGACAAAAGAAAGCUUUGCAUAUAGAGUAUGCAUGUGAAGCGAUCGCAUUGGCACCUGGAAACUACAUCGGUACAACAGGGGAGAUUUAUGUAGAUCCAACAUGCAAAUACAAGUGCAUCUUUUUGCUGAGUAACAGAGCAGUCUGUCUUCCAGUGUGUCCGUUACAUUAUGGCUUCGCUUGUCCGCCAGGCAAUAUUGUCCGUUGGAUUACGCAGCCUGAUACGUUUGCAAAGCACUGCUCAUGCAAGAAACCAAUUUGUCUUGACAUCGAUCUUCGCUGCAAAAUGGGCCAAAAAGUUUAUUACAGAGGUGAAAGAUUUCAUCUUGGUUGCGAGGAAGAAUGCGUCUGCCUCGGCCGCAAUGAACUAAAAUGCUUCCCAUUAUGCACGUGGCCAGGAGUGGCAUGCGCAGAAAACCAGAAACAGAUCACCAGCCAGCAAGCUACACGAUAUAGUGACUGCAAAUGCCCAAUAACGAAAUGUGUAGAAAACAACAUUGGAGUUUUCUGAUCGCCAAUUUCAGACGAACGUAAAAUUGCGCGAAACAGCAUAAGCAUCAGCGAAUUUUAGCUGAUGCCCAUAGAAGUUUGGGUAGUUGUUUUCUUAAAAAUGUUUUCAAAGCGUAGUCGGACGCUGCUUACAUUGUAUGAUAUUUUAUAAUUAGCAAGGGUAAAACAUUGACUUAAAACCAUUUCUUUUGAA